AUGGAUGAUGGCGCCGGUGGAGCAAGCCGCAGCGACGGCGAGGGCUCGCCGCGGCCAGCGGCGGAGCGGCGCUACAAGGGCGUGCGCCUGCGGAAAUGGGGCCGGUGGGUGUCGGAGAUCCGGAUGCCCAACAGCCGCGAGAGGAUCUGGCUGGGCUCCUACGAGUCCGCCGAGAAGGCGGCGCGCGCCUUCGACGCCGCCGCCGUUUGCCUCCGGGGCUCCCGCGCCGGGUCGCUCAACUUCCCGGAGUCCCCACCCAACGUCCGGCACGUCCCCGGCGCGCUGCUGACGCCUGAGCAGAUCCAGGCCGAAGCAGUCAGGCACGCCAACCAGCCGGCGAGCCCGCUCGCGUCGUCGCCGUCGCAGCAAGCUACCACCCCGGGGGGACGAGCAAGCACUGACAGGACGGCCUUGUCACAGCCAUCCACUUACGGUAGUGGAGCUUCCCUCGCCGGCGGUGACGACGCGCUUGAUUGGUCUUUCAUGGAUACAUUGCCGUCAAUGCCGGCGGCGGGGACUAAUGCUCAUCAUAUUGUUCCGGCCUUGGAUGAUUUCAUGUACGGUUCCCCGCACCCAGUGAUGCCGCCGAGUGGAGAGCCGUCACAGGAUAUGAUGAUCGACGGCGAUGAUGAUCAUACAUUCAUCUCAGAUGAUCUUUGGAGAUUCUGA